CGUGGCGCGGCUCAGGGUAACAGGGCUGCCGCUUGGCCGGCCGGCGGCGGCGAGCAGUGAGGGCAUGAGGGCGAGCCGGGAAAGAGGCAGUUGAGCCGGCGGGGAGGAGCGCCAGUUCCCGAGGAUUCCCAGAGUGCGGAGCUCGGGUCAGGGGCCGGGAGACGCGGGGAAGCCGGGCCCUUCCCUCAGGAGCGUGUCCCGGAGCCGACCCGGCCCGUAGUGUGGCAGCAGCUUCAGAAAAGGUGUUAGCAUCCUGUUUCUACAGACGAGGAAACUAGAACGCAGAGAAGUUAAAGAAGUUCCCUGAGUGUAUGCAGCGGUUGGAGCUGUGUGUUCGUGGACAGAGAGGCCCUGUACUGUACCAGGCUCCCUUUAGCUGGAUCUUGGCAGAUGGGAGGUGAGCACGUGAAACAAUAUGAAGAGGAGAAAAUAGCCUUUUAAGGAAAUUGGCCCACAGAAAGGAUGGCCUUCUUGGACAAUCCAACUAUCAUUCUAGCUCAUAUUCGACAGUCACAUGUGACCAGUGAUGACACGGGAAUGUGUGAGAUGGUUCUCAUUGAUCAUGAUGUUGACCUAGAGAAGAUUCAUCCUCCUUCAAUGCCUGGAGACAGUGGGUCAGAAAUUCAGGGAAGCAAUGGUGAGACUCAGGGCUAUGUAUAUGCCCAGUCAGUCGAUAUUACCUCAAGUUGGGACUUUGGUAUUAGAAGACGCUCAAAUACAGCUCAAAGAUUAGAACGACUCCGAAAAGAGAGACAAAACCAGAUCAAAUGCAAAAAUAUUCAGUGGAAAGAAAGAAAUUCUAAGCAAUCAGCCCAGGAGUUAAAGUCACUGUUUGAAAAAAAGUCCCUCAAAGAGAAACCUCCAAGUUCUGGAAAGCAGUCAAUAUUAUCUGUGCGGCUAGAGCAGUGCCCUCUGCAGCUGAAUAACCCAUUUAACGAGUAUUCCAAAUUUGAUGGCAAGGGUCAUGUAGGCACAACAGCAACCAAGAAGAUCGACGUCUACCUCCCCCUGCACUCGAGCCAGGAUAGACUGCUGCCAAUGACCGUGGUGACAAUGGCCAGCGCCAGGGUGCAGGACCUGAUUGGGCUCAUCUGCUGGCAGUACACAAGUGAAGGACGGGAGCCGAAGCUCAAUGACAACGUCAGUGCCUACUGCCUGCAUAUUGCUGAGGAUGACGGGGAAGUUGACACAGACUUCCCCCCACUGGACUCCAACGAGCCCAUUCAUAAGUUCGGCUUCAGUACCUUGGCCCUGGUUGAAAAGUAUUCAUCUCCUGGUCUGACAUCCAAAGAGUCACUCUUUGUUCGAAUAAAUGCUGCUCAUGGAUUCUCCCUUAUUCAGGUGGACAACACAAAGGUCACCAUGAAAGAAAUCUUGCUUAAGGCAGUGAAGCGAAGAAAAGGAUCCCAGAAAAUUUCAGGCCCUCAGUACCGCCUGGAGAAGCAGAGCGAGCCCAAUGUCGCCGUGGACCUGGAGAGCACUUUGGAGAGCCAGAGCGCAUGGGAGUUCUGCUUGGUCCGAGAGAACAGUUCAAGGGCAGACGGAGUUUUUGAGGAAGAUUCACAAAUUGACAUAGCUACAGUACAGGAUAUGCUUAGCAGCCACCAUUACAAGUCGUUCAAAGUCAGCAUGAUCCACAGACUACGAUUCACAACCGAUGUCCAGUUAGGUAUCUCUGGAGACAAAGUAGAGAUAGACCCUGUUACGAAUCAGAAAGCCAGCACUAAGUUUUGGAUUAAGCAGAAACCCAUCUCAAUCGAUUCUGACCUGCUCUGUGCCUGUGACCUUGCUGAAGAAAAAAGCCCCAGUCAUGCAAUAUUUAAAGUCACGUAUCUAAGCAAUCAUGACUAUAAACACCUCUACUUUGAAUCUGACGCUGCUACUGUCAACGAAAUCGUGCUCAAGGUUAACUACAUCCUGGAAUCACGAGCAAGCACUGCCCGGGCUGACUAUUUUGCUCAAAAACAAAGAAAACUGAACAGACGUACAAGCUUCAGCUUCCAGAAGGAGAAGAAAUCAGGGCAGCAGUGACACUGGCCUCCAGCCCCAAUCUGUCACCGUAGCUCAGAGCCUGCCUGCCAGGGCCAGGUGGCCCUAGAGCCCACCCUGUGUCCUGCAGUCCUCGGGGGCAGGCCAGUCCCUGGCUCACAGGCACAAGGCCAGGGGGCUCUUGGGGAAUGGAGCUGGGGACAUCCCCACAGGACUGAAGCCUGAGUGGCAGUGGCUUUGAUGAGCCGUGCCGGGGGCCCGACGACACAGACGGCACCGCAGCCAUCCUCACUGCCCGACGGCCCUGCCUGAGGAUGUACAUAGCCAUGCCCAGACAUUUCCUUGCAACUUGAUCAAAUUUCUUAAAACAACCGAAGAACAAAAUUGUACAUUUCUUUUUUUUUUUCCUUUUAAUAAACAGGUGUACUCUUUA